CCCCAAUUAUUCCCCCUUCACCCUCUUCUACACCAGCAAUGAUCUCCAGAACAGCUUCCGAAUGCAUCCAGCAUCUUAAAGCAUUUUCUCCGCCUCCAACGCUCUGGCAUUCUCUACCGCUCGGCCGUCGCUCGGCCGUGCUCAUCCUCCUCCAUCCCAAUGCCGAUGGGGAUUUAAACGUCGUCCUCACCAUGCGCAGCAACGGCCUCUCCUCUUUCUCAAACCAGGCUGCGUUUCCGGGGGGCAAAGCCGACCUCGAAUCAGAGUCCCCAUUCACCGUCGCCCGCCGCGAAGCCAGCGAAGAAAUCGGUUUCCCGCAAGAGCUCAACGAGUCCAAAUACCGCUUCGAGAACCUAACCGAGCUGCCCUGCCACCUUGCGCGCAACUGGCUUGUCGUCCGACCUUGCGUCGGAUUCGUGUCCCACCGCAACGUGAUCCACGACGGCGUCGGCGUCGAUAUCAGCGAGUUUCUCAGCGUCGCGUCCGAGAACGAAGUCAGCGCGAUCUUCACGGUGCCGUUUGAUCGGUUUCUGAGUGCGGAGAAGGGGUGGUAUAAAGGUACGUGGAUGGACUGGGCCGGACUACGAUGGCGCCAGCAUAUAUUCUCAGUCAAAGCAUCCGCAUCCGACAUCCUCCCCGAAUCAUUAUCAUCCCCAAAGAAGCAGAAAGUCUACCCGGUCUGGGGUCUAACCGCGCGAAUCCUGAUCGACGCGGCACGCAUCGGCUUUGCCAAAGAGCCAGAGAUGGAAUACAUUGAUAAAGUGGGAGACGAGCUGCUGAUUUCGAAUCUCGUGAGGAUCGGCGAACUCGGGCCGGAGAGAGAUCGCGAGAGAGAGAUGGCGACGAAGUUUUCGGAUCUGUUUGAUAAAGAGCUUUUAGCGAAGCUGUGAUUACAUAUUUUCUUCUUUUGGCAUACAGGCGUUCUUGUGUUUUUGAGCUUUAUAUAGGAGUUGGUUUGGUCGCAUGUAAAUACUACA